AUGGUGUUGAUUGGAUACAAGGAGUCAUGGGCGAAGAAAAUUUACGAGACUCCGGAUCACAGGGAUGCAGUCCGCGUACUUAGACACCAAAGCGCCACACAUUGGGAUAUUUUCAAAGAGGCUCCUGAGGUGGUGGCUUUAGUACAAGGCUUAGGUUUAUGGCCUGCUAUUUUCUAUGCACAAGAGGAAUUUGAUGCAGUUACAAACUCAGCCUUUUGUGAGAGAUUUUUUCCGGAGACUUACACAUUUCAUAUCCCCUUUGGCGAGAUGGAAAUCACUCCAGAUGAUGCACAGAAGAUUAGUGGUCUUAGAACGGAUAGGAAAAAUGUUUACUCAGCGGUUUAUGAAAUUACUUGGGAUGAGUUGUAUGUACUUGCUGAGGAAACUCUUGGUUGGCUAAAAGACAAAAUAGAACUGGAGUUUGCCUGCGCUACUAAAGAGGUGAAGUAUGUGGAUUCUAGCACAAAGAAGUUGAAGAAAAUCAAGUUCACUGCUUUGAAAAAGUGUUUUGGAGACACAAAUGAGAAAAUUUCAAAGGGGGAGUUGGUUAUGGACGAGGUCACAGCUAUGCGCACUGCUACCGCGUAUUUGUUGCAUACUUUAGGAAGUGUUAUAUUUCCCGAUAACAGUGGGAACAAGGUUAAUGCUCAAUACCUUCAAUUGUUAAAGGAUUUGAAAAGAUGCCACAAGUACUCUUGGGGAACCGCGGCCCUUUCUUUCCUAUUCGAGCAACUUGGAAUUGCGUCUAGGUUAAUAAGUAGAAACAUUGGAGGUUAUUUCACAAUGAUUCAAGUAUGGAUAUAUGACCAUUUCUCGGAUUUGAAUUUAGUCAAGGAAGAUGACAAAUGGGUAGAUACAUUCCCUACCUCAACCAAAUAG